AUGAAAUUUUCUCUGGCGAUAGCUUCUCUGCUAGUGCUGCCCUUUGCAGCUGCCGCCCCAACUUGCUCCCUUAGAUCAUCAUCUGCUGCUAGUGCCACUACACCUACCUCUACUUCUGCCUCUGGGCCAGUGUCUACUUCCACGCCUGUGAACCCUGGUAAUGGAUCUAUCGCAAUGGCCUGGUUUGCCAACUGGCACACCGACUACACGGUUGCCGACAUCAAAUGGGAGGGCUUCAACAGAAUGGCUUACUUCGGAGCUAUCACUUCCGCUAGUGGAACUGCUAUAAUGACUGUCAGUGACAGCGCCCCUAGCGGCCCUGUCACCUUCGUUGCUGCCGCCAAGCAAAAUAACGUUGUCCCCGUAUUGACUAUUGGUGGUUGGGAUGGUUCCAUAUAUUUCUCAUCUUCUAUCUCCACCUCAAGCAACCGUACGACUUUCGUCCAGUCGAUCGUCAGUAUGGUGAAUAUGUAUGGCUUCCAAGGUGUCGAGUUCGACUGGGAGUACCCUGGUAGUGCCAACGGUCUUUCUUGCAACACACAGUCGCCUCAGGAUACUGCCAAUCUUCUGUCUACGCUCCAGGAGCUGAAGACGGCGUUACCGAAUGUGUCUUUCUCCGCCGCCACCCCCGUCAAGCCAUGGAACGAUGCUACGGGGAACCCAUCGACUGACCUCACCAGUUUUGCCAAGGUUUUGGAUUACGUCGAAAUCAUGAACUACGACGUGUACGGCGACGGUUUCAGCAAGGUUGUGGGCCCCAACUCUCCUUUAGACGACUCUUGUGCUCCGGCUGCUGACCAAACUGGCUCUGCAACUUCUGCCGUCAAGCUCUGGACUGCUGCUGGGUUCUCUGCUUCCCAAAUCGUUCUUGGUGUGCCUAGCUACGGACAUGGCUACUCCAUCAGCCAAUCUGCAGCUGUCCAGGCUAACGUGUUGGCCUCAUACCCCACCUUUAACACCAACAACCCCAUCCUCGGUGACAGCUGGGAUGCUGCCGGUCCAGAUGCUUGCGGUGUAAACCAGCCUGCUUCUGGGGACUUCAACUUCUGGGGACUCAUUGAUGCCGGUUUCCUGAACCAGGACGGUAGCGUCGCUUCUGGUAUGACCGGCCGUUUCGACAACUGCAGCCAGACGCCAUACGUCUACAACCCCAACACACAGAUUAUGGUAGCUUACGAUGAUGCCCAAUCCUUCACCGCAAAGGGCAAAUUCAUUAAACAGGCUGGCCUGGCUGGUUUCGCCCUGUGGGAGGUGGGCGGUGACUACAACAACAUUCUUUUGAACGCCAUCAAUGGCGCUAUCUCUGGCUCAUCAUGA